CCAUCCACUCACAAAUGAAAGUCGGAAAUUUCUGUAUUAUAUUCAGGAGGGGAGUUGCCUGGAGGCUGGAGAUGCCGUUGUCGCCACCCAUCUAUGGCUCUUCUUCGUCUAUAUGGGUGUUUCGGUUGUGAAAAACUCGUCUUCGGAAUAGACUCCCCAGUCAGCCGUCCUCUCUCUCCGGCCUCCGCACCUCCCUCGCUAUAACAGUGCGUUUGUCCCCUUCUUUUACUUUCUCUACAAUUGCAUCUUCUUCAUUCUUCUCCUCAUUGAUCAACAAAGCUAGCUUUCUUCUGCUUCGGGUGUUCUCCUCUCUUCUACCUAUUCCCCUUUACAUUCUGUGACACAAUUAGCCCUUUUGCGUCCGGUAACUUGAGCUGCAACACUAGCGGGGGUAUUCUUUUCGGCUGCCGGCCACCUGAUUUCUGUUGCGGGGCUGUUUUUGGCUUCUGGGUUUUACUUCACUCCGGCAGCCUUCCUUUCAUGCCUGUUUGUUUUGGAAUCUGCUACUUGGGUUCGGGUCACAUUCUGUGUUUUUGGUCCAAUAAUUAUCUGGGUGUUUCUUAAACCCUUCCUCCUUGUCAGCUGGCUGUGUUUCUCAGCAGCCAUUUGAUCUUUUCUCCAGAUCAUGGCCUAUGUGAGGCAUCACUUGAUUCUGGGGUCCAUGAGUCUCUCCAUUUGGUCCUGAUCCGCCGAGGAAAAGAAAAAGAUCCAACUUUCGAUAAACCCUCCUGCUGGUUUCGAUUGAACAAUGGAUUCGCCUUCCCCAAUCAUGUUCGACAGCUCCUUGAACAAUGAAAUCACUCCGAGUUCCAACUCGAGGAGAAGCGCUUCUGCGCAUCAUUCCCGUACUUCUCGAGCGGGUUCCACUGGGGAAGUUGCUUUCAGUGAUUUAGGGUCUAAGCCUGUGUUGUAUGGAUCCAGGAGGGCGGAUUCAGAGGUGUAUUGUAUGUCUCAGAAAGAGAUCAAUGAAGAAGAUGCUAGGUUUGUCUAUAUUAACAAUCCUGUAAGCACGAAUGAUAAAUUCGAGUUUGCUAGGAACUCCAUUAGGACUGCAAAGUACUCUGUUAUUUCUUUCUUGCCAAGAAAUUUGUUUAAACAGUUCCAUAGAGUUGCAUACAUUUAUUUCCUUAUCAUAGCUGUCCUGAAUCAGUUGCCCCAGCUCGCCGUUUUUGGGCGGGGAGCUUCCAUCUUGCCACUUGCUUCUGUGUUGCUAGUUACAGCAGUUAAGGAUGCUUAUGAGGAUUGGAGAAGGCAUAGGGCAGAUAAGAUUGAGAACAAUAGAUUGGCGUGGGUUUUGGUGGAUGGUCAGUUCCAACAAAAGAGUUGGAAGGAUAUUCAGGUUGGUGAAAUAAUCAAGGUGGAAGCCAAUGAUACUCUACCUUGUGAUAUGGUCUUGCUCUCCACCAGUGACCCUACAGGGGUUGCUUAUGUGCAGACCAUCAACUUGGAUGGAGAGUCAAAUUUGAAGACACGGUAUGCAAAGCAAGAGACCCUCUCAAAGAAUCCUGAGAAUGGAAGGUUUACUGGGUUGAUCAAGUGUGAGAAACCUAAUAGGAAUAUCUAUGGAUUCCAUGGGAACAUGGAGAUUGAUGGGAAGCGCCUGUCACUUGGACCUUCCAAUAUUAUCCUUCGGGGCUGUGACCUGAAGAAUACGGCUUCAAUUCUUGGGGUUGCUGUGUAUUGUGGAGCUGAGACCAAAGCUAUGCUGAAUAGCUCAGGAGCCCCUUCGAAGAGAAGCAGGCUUGAGACUCGCAUGAACUUGGAAAUCACCAUACUCUCUCUGUUUCUUGUUGCCUUGUGUACAGUUACAUCUGUAUGUGCUGCUGUAUGGUUGAGGCGGCACAGAGAUGAGUUAGACACCAUGCCUUUUUAUAGAAGAAAGGAUUACAAUGAAGAUGAGCCAGAGAACUAUAACUAUUAUGGAUGGGGAAUGGAGAUAUUCUUCACAUUCCUGAUGGCAGUAAUUGUGUUUCAGAUCAUGAUUCCUAUUUCAUUGUACAUCUCUAUGGAGCUUGUUCGGGUUGGUCAGGCUUAUUUCAUGAUCCGGGAUGCCCAUAUGUAUGAUGAGGCAUCAAAUUCAAGAUUUCAGUGCCGGGCUUUGAAUAUAAAUGAAGAUUUAGGGCAGAUAAAGUAUGUGUUCUCAGACAAAACCGGGACACUCACAGAGAACAAGAUGGAGUUCCAGUGUGCAAGCAUAUGGGGAGUAGAUUACAGCGGUAGGAAGGUUACCUCUGGUGAUGAACAAGCAGGACACUCUGUUCAAGUUGGUGAGGCAACUGUGAGUCCAAAGAUGAGGGUGAAAGUUGAUCCUAAGCUUCUACAAGCGUUAAGGGGUGGAAAGAUGUCAGAGGAUUUUGAACAUAUCCGUGAUUUUUUCCUUGCUUUAGCAGCUUGUAAUACAAUCGUGCCUCUCAUUGUUGACACAUCUGAUCCCUGUGUUAAGUUGAUGGAUUACCAAGGGGAAUCUCCUGAUGAACAAGCUCUGGCUUAUGCUGCUGCUGCAUAUGGUUUUAUGCUUAUAGAACGAACUUCCGGCCACAUAGUGAUUGAUGUUUUGGGUCAAAGGCAAAGGUUCAAUGUUUUGGGUUUGCAUGAGUUUGACAGUGAUAGGAAGAGGAUGUCUGUCAUAUUAGGCUUCCCUGACAAGUCUGUCAAAAUCUUUGUAAAGGGUGCUGAUACAUCCAUGUUCACUGUCAUCGAUAGAGCCUCAAGCAUGGGCAUAAUCCGUGCAACUGAAGGCCAUCUUCACUCUUACUCCUCCCUUGGCCUGAGAACACUUGUCGUUGGGAUGCGUGAAUUGAGUGAUUCAGAAUUUGAGCAGUGGCACUCUUCCUUUGAGGCUGCUAGUACUGCUUUGAUUGGCCGCGCUGCUUUGCUUCGGAAGGUUGCCACAAAUGUUGAAAACCAUCUAAGCUUGCUGGGUGCUUCUGCUAUUGAAGAUAAACUUCAAGAAGGUGUCCCGGAAGCUAUUGAAGCGCUGAGGACUGCAGCAAUUAAAGUCUGGGUUUUAACUGGGGAUAAACAAGAAACCGCCAUAUCGAUUGGCUAUUCUUCAAAGCUCUUGACCAACAAAAUGAAGCAGUUUAUUGUCAACAGCAACUCCAAGGAGUCAUGUAGAAAGAGUUUAUCAGAUGCCUUGCUUGUAUGUAAAAAGCUCAACAAUGUGUCCGAGACUCCUGAUAAUGAAGAAAUUUCUGCAUCUUCUGGAAGCUUGGUUGCUUUGAUUAUUGAUGGAACCAGCCUUGUUUAUAUCCUUGAUAGUGAACUUGAAGAACAGCUCUUUGAAUUAGCCAGCAAAUGCUCUGUGGUCCUUUGUUGUCGGGUAGCUCCAUUGCAAAAGGCUGGAAUUGUUGCCCUUGUGAAGAAUAGGACAGCUGACAUGACCCUUUCCAUUGGGGACGGUGCAAAUGAUGUUUCAAUGAUCCAAAUGGCUGACGUAGGAGUUGGAAUCAGUGGGCAGGAGGGUCGGCAAGCUGUAAUGGCAUCUGAUUUUUCCAUGGGGCAGUUCAGAUUCUUAGUUCCACUUCUGCUGGUCCACGGACAUUGGAAUUACCAGCGAAUGGGUUACAUGAUAAUUUACAACUUCUACAGGAAUGCGAUUUUUGUUCUCGUCUUGUUUUGGUAUGUGCCCUUCACCGCUUUCACAUUGACGACUGCUAUUAACGAGUGGAACAGCGUGCUGUAUUCGGUAAUUUAUACAGCAGUGCCAACGGUCAUUGUUGGUGUUCUCGACAAGGACUUGAGACGGAAAACUCUGCUCAAGUAUCCUCAGCUAUACGGAGCUGGGCAAAGACGAGAAAAUUACAACUCGAAGUUGUUCUGGCUGACGAUGAUCGACACCCUGUGGCAAAGCGUGGUCGUUUUCUUCGGGCCUUUCUUUGCCUACCGGAUUAGCAGCAUCGAUGCAGCGAGCAUAGGGGAUCUCUGGACGCUGGGGGUCGUCAUAUUGGUCAAUCUUCAUCUGGCAAUGGACAUCAACCGGUGGAAUUGGCUCAUGCAUGCAGCGAUAUGGGGAUCCAUUUUGGCAACUUUCGUCUCUAUAAUGGUCAUUGAUGCCAUACCCAUUUUACCUGGUUACUGGGCCAUUUUUGAAUCUGCAAAGACUGGGUUGUUUUGGCUUUGCUUGCUUGGUGUGGUUGUAGCCGCACUAAUUCCACGCUUUGUUGUAAAAGUACUGUAUCAACACUGCUCACCAUGUGACAUCCAAAUCGCGAAGGAGGCGGAGAAGCUCAAACCAUUAAGCAGAGGUGUUGCUGGAUCUGUAGGAGUAGAAAUGAGUGCCAUCUUGGAUUCUCCAAGGAGAUGAUGACGACAUGAAAAGUCCCCCUCCAGCCCCCCAGAAAAUAGUCGAAGGAAGGGCGAAAAGUAAUGCGGGUUUUCCUCACUCGGCCUUCUUGGUCGGUGCUGUUGCUGAUCAUACUCGCCGCCGUUCCUCUGUCGACAGUUUCCUGUGCUAGUGUUCUCCUCCUGGAGAGGGCUCUGCCUCUGAACUACCCGGUUCCCAUUGAGCAACUCCGAGCUUGGGACCAAGCCAGGCACGCUCGCCUCUUGCAAGGCCUCGUUGGCGGCGUGGUCGACUUCUCAGUCCAAGGUUCCCCGGAUCCAUCACUCGUCGGACUUUAUUUCACGAAAGUGAAACUCGGCUCUCCUCCUAGAGAGUUCAACGUGCAGAUUGAUACUGGCAGUGACAUAUUAUGGGUUAACUGUGCCUCCUGUAGUAAUUGUCCACAUUCUAGUGGCCUAGGGAUCCAGCUUAGUUUCUUCGAUGCUGCGGGCUCUUCCACUAGUGGUCUGGUUCCUUGUGCAGACCCAAUUUGUACUGCAGCUGCUCGAACCAGUUCUACACAGUGUUCGGAGAGCGGUCAGUGUGGCUACACAUUCCAGUAUGGAGAUGGGAGUGGAACUUCUGGUGUUUAUAUAACUGAUACGUUCUACUUUGAUUCGAUUUUGUCUGGUUCAAUGAUUGCCAACUCGUCAGCACUUGUUGCCUUCGGUUGUAGCACGUACCAGGGUGGUGACUUGACUAAGACGGACAAAGCGGUUGAUGGAAUUUUUGGAUUUGGCCAAGGUGCCCUCUCGGUUAUAUCACAAUUAUCGUCUAGAGGAAUAACACCUCGAGUUUUCUCUCAUUGUUUGAAAGGGCAGGGCAGUGGAGGUGGUAUAUUUGUUCUUGGAGAGAUUUUGGAGCCAGGAAUCAUCUAUACUUCACUUGUCCCAUCACAGGCUCAUUACAAUUUAUAUCUACAAAGCAUAGCAGUCAAUGGGCAGGUGUUACCUAUUGACCCAGUAGCCUUCUCAACGUCAACUGAUCGAGGGACGAUAGUUGACACUGGAACAACUUUGGCGUACCUUGUGGAGGAAGCUUAUGAUCCUUUAGUGAAUGCUGUCAAUGCUGCAGUCGCACAAUCUGCGACUCCCACAAUAAGUAGGGGAUACCAGUGUUACCUAUUCACUUCCAGUUCCAGUGUAUUUGAUAUGUUUCCACCGGUGAGCUUCAAAUUUGCUGGUGGUGCUUCAAUGGACUUAAGACCAGAGGAGUACCUUUCUCAGCAAGGUUCCUAUCUGGAUGGUGGUGGGAUGUGGUGCCUAGGUUUCCAGAAGGGUCAAGGACUAACCAUUUUAGGAGAUCUUGUUCUUAAAGACAAGAUCUUUGUAUACGAUCUGGUCCGUCAGCGGAUUGGAUGGACCAACUACGACUGCUCGACAUCAGUAAAUGUCUCUUUAACUUCUAGCAAGGACUUCAUCAAUGCAGGACAGUUGAGUAGUGUAGGUAAUUCUUCUAGCGACCUGCUCUUGGAGCUGCUGCCUCUAGCCGUUGCAGCGCUCUUCUUGCACAUAUCAAUAUUGAUUGGGAUCAAGGUUUUGUGAUAUUAACAUACAUACGAACCGAGAAGAUUAAACAACAGGAAGAGGAAUGAAGAAGCUUAUAUCAUCUCUCAUCUAAAUUCGCCAUUCUUUGCCAAGUUGUUUCCAUUGGCUUGCCGAGUGGGUCUUCUUCAGAUUGCAAAGGUAGUUGGUUUUGCCCCCUCUCUCUCUUACAUAUAUAGUGUUCUUCCAUCUCUCCUCCCCUAUGUUGAUUGGUGAUGUUAACUGCUGAAUUAGGGCAUAUAAUGGGAUCUGUCCAUCUUCUUUUUCUCUUUUCCUUUUGGGAGUGUUAGAUAGGGAUGGUGCCCAAGUAGAGCAAUUGGCCUGAAAGUGUAAAUUAUGUAAUGGUUGUUCAAUCAGGCAGCAAGGUGCUUUUUUGGUAUUGUGGUUUUUGUAUUAGUGGCAUCAUCCCCACCAAUUAAAGGUGUUGUUUCGUAAUCAAGGAUGAAGCUUUUAUAACUACCCUUCUCUCUUCUUAACUUUCUGUAGUUAGAGCUUUUUGUCUUGAGAUUACUUUCUAGAAAGCUGCCUUAGCAGCUAGUAAUAGCAAGUGAAUGGCUGCUACCACUACCAGCAGAUUGGGAGAAUUUGGGCCUCUCUCUCAUCCUGAAGCCCAAAUCUAGCAAGUAUGGCACAGGGUCGUGGCCCGUGGGCCUAUUAGUAUAAGGCUGCUACUCCAGCCGCAUUUGGUAGGAUUGAUUUGUGACAGUAGGAUCUUAUAUGCGAAUCUUCCAAUUGUAAAUUCUUCUUCAGUUCUUUGCGAGAGGAUAAGACUGUUACUUGUUAUUCACACCAUUGCUUGUUCGGUUCUAACUUGGAGCGUGUU